GUUACUUGGUGACUUACUGACUUUUCUUCCCCUGCCCCCAUGACGACAUCCGCCCGGGCUGGAUCUUCGAUGAUCACGUGUGUCUGCUGUCUGCUGGUUUGCUUGUUUGCUGGCCUGUUUCCAGUUGUCUACCAUGUUGAUUUGGUCAUUAUCAUCGUAUGAGCAGAAACAGACGCUCUGGCCAUUACUUGAUAAGUUAUUAGAAGACUUCUAAAGCCAAGUGAUUAGCCACUGCUGACACCAUUGUGCCGGUCACUUUGUUCCCCUUGGUCCACGCCGCGGGCGCUGGAGCUGGUCUCCGCUGCUGGUUCCGGUCCUUACCCGUCGUUCACCACCACCACCACCACCACCACCACCACCACUGGAACCACACUGGUCUUAAUAUUCUUCAUGCUAUCCGUGGGACUACAAACGCCCGCUAUCUAACCACCACCACUUCCACCAGUGCUUUUGGGCAUCAUCUAUACCACACACAGCGCAAAGGGAUGAAGAUAGCAACUCUUCAGUUCGCCCCGCGGCUGGGCGACGUUGAGGGUAAUAUUAAACGAGCCGAUGAAUUACUGAAAACUGGGAAGGUGGUGCGAGGUAUAGGUACGGGGGUUGGACUGGACGUUUUGAAGCCAGACAUUUUGAUUCUGCCCGAGCUGGGCUUGACGGGCUACAAUUUCCCCUCCCUGGAGGCCAUCAAGCCGUAUCUGGAACCCGCAGGACAAGGUCCCUCGGCUGCCUGGGCCCGGCAGGCCGCCCAGCGCCUCCAUUGCAAGGUCUGUGUGGGGUAUCCUGAGCUCUACACCGGGGAUGUUAUCCAGCGGGAAGGAGAGUCAGGUAAUCAGCAGGAGACUUACUAUAAUUCUCUUCUGGUGGUCGAUGAGGAUGGACAUGACAUCCUCAACUACCGUAAAUCGUUUCUCUACUACACCGACGAAACAUGGGCCUCUGAAGGUAGUGUGGAGCGAGGCUUCGAGAAUCUCAUAUUCCGAAAAGGGGACCAAGCUUCCCCGGAGUCGUGCAUAGCUACAUCCUUCGGGAUCUGUAUGGACAUCAAUCCGUACAAAUUCGAGGCCCCUUUCACCGCGUGGGAAUUCGCUAAUCGAGUCAUGGAUUCUGAAUCCCAGCUAGUCAUUCUUUCCAUGGCCUGGCUUUCCACGCUGGGCCGGGAGGCGCUAGAUAUCCUCGCGGAUGAGCCUGACCUCGACACGUUCAACUAUUGGAUCCAGCGAUUCUUGCCACUCAUCACCAAGAAAAUGAACCACAAAGUUAAUUUGGACGAAGAUGGCUCAAAUCAAAGCAAGAAUGUUGUCAUCGUCUUUGCUAAUAGAGCCGGGGAGGAGCCAGGAGCAGCGGGGGCGAACCCGGCUCAUUAUGCUGGUACGAGUACCAUCAUCGCCAUCUCACAACGACCAAAGGCCCUUGCCACACCAGGAGCUGCUGGCUCGGGUAACGCGGACAGAGCGAAAGCUCAAACGGACUCAGAUGAUGAAGAGGAGGGCCAAUUUGAUGUGAAAAUACUGUGCUGGGAUAUGUUGGGCGCAACAACAGAAGGAAUCUGUUUUGCCGAUACCACGGCGGACCCGAGUAUGGUUUUCGCAUUGGCAAAACGAUCGUCAAAUCAAGAGAGCGACUGAGCGGAAGCUCAGCGUCCUCUGGUGUUGGUUGGUCAGGGUUGCAAUAGAGCGCUGUCAUCUCUUAUCACCCAUGCUGCCGUUGCGGAUUAGGACCUAGUUUACCCACCGUCUGCAUGCUGUAGUUGGAGUAGACUAUAGAAGAAUGAUAUCAUCGUAAUCAUAGAC